AACAAGACUGUCAUGCUUUUGUUUUGCGUCGCUUGGUGAUGACGCAAUAAUCAGCCUACCUGUAGUUCCUUGCCACACGGCGUUAAUGGUGGUGAACACGCUAACUAAGUUCCCGAGUAAAGCCGGAGAGCCCUCACAGCACUAAUCUGUUGGCGUUUCAUCGGGUAAAGUGUGACAUUUUGUGCGAAGUUAAUGUCUCUCGGUGGCGAAAGGAGGAAGAAGACCGUAGUAUGUGAUGCUACUAGCUAAAGCUGCUAAUUCACGUGCUGGUGUAGCGCCAUUAUUUUGAAUUGACUGUUUACAACUACGUAGAUUUGAUUGAUUGCUUAGCUGCAUGGCUGCUAGCAAGAUGAAGUUAGAGCUGUCUAGGGUGCUUCAGGGAGGAAGCCGCCUGGGUGUUCUGAAGGGGCUCGGCAAGACAGGGCAGCACUCCUUGGAGGUACCUGGAUGUCUGCUGUACACACACUGUGGUACAGUGCCUCACCUCACCCAGGAGACACUGCACAGUCUGGACAAGCUGCCCUCUGUCACUCAGGUCACACUGUCACACCUGGCAGAGCACCAGGAAGUGUUGGAGGAGUUUAAGGAAGGAUUUAAGAACUUUUCAGGUCUUCAUGACACAGUGUUGUACUGCUCGCUGCACGACCCCGCAACCCCCUGCCCCACGGGUUACACCACUAACAAGACUGUGUCUGUAUGGGGCAGCGGCGGACGCAUCGAGCUGACGGUGGCAAAGUACAUGGCCCUGCAGAGGCACGUGCAGCCCGACUGGUACCUGAGCAUGGCGGAUGGCGAGACCUGGCAGGACAACACCUCCCGCAAGAGGGUGCGCAAGGCGGUGGACCGGAGCCUCGCUCACUUGGACGAGUGCCUGCGUGUGCAGCAAGCGUCGCAGGAGCUGCAGGGAGUGGAGUUGUGGGGGGCGGUGCAGGGUGGAGACAUCCUGGAGGAGAGGCUGCAUUCCGCCAGGGAGACCGCCAAGAGACCCGUGGCCGGCUUCUGCCUGGAUGGCCUCCAGACGGGCUGCGUGGACAUGGCGCUGAGGAGCCAGCUCAUCACGGCGGUGAUAAAGGAGCUGCCCGAGGACAAACCCAGGCUGCUGCAGGGCGUCGGGCGACCUGACGAGGUGCUGGUGUGCGCGGAGGCCGGCGUGGACCUGUUUGAGGGCUUUUUCCCCUUCCAGGUGACCGAGCGAGGCUGCGCUCUGUGCUUUGGCUUUGAGACCACUACAGACCCGGAGAGCGCAGUGCUGGAGGAGAAGCUGGUAGGGGAACAGCAGCAGAAUGGAGACCACAACACAAGUGAAGGUCCAACACAGAUGACGUCCUUUGAGAUGGAUCUUAAAGACAAAAGGUACCGAGACGACUUUGGGCCCCUGGUCGAGGGGUGUGGCUGCUACUGCUGCCAGAACCACCAGAGAGCGUACCUUCACCACCUUCUGGUGACCAAUGAGCUGCUGGCGGGCGUCCUGCUCACCAUCCACAACAUGGCCCACUAUCUGGGCUUCUUCAGAGCCCUCAGAGGAGCUUUGGCCCGCAAUGAACUGGACCUCCUGAAAAGGCGCGUACUCGCGCCAACAAGAACAAAAGCUUCAGGCACACAAAUCAGAUAGAUGAGAUAGAUUGGGCCUGGAGGAGAGGUUUGGUCACGGAUCAGCAGAUUGGCUUUGCCGUGCAGAGGCAAUCAAAACUUUUUUCUUUUUUCUUGGAGUCUUAGUGGUGGUCUUCGGAUGCUCCGCCUUACACUACACAGCCCUCUAGUUUGUCCAAGCAAAGGACAGUCCCUGACACCUUUUGCCUUUUUGUUGUGCUGUGUUACGUCAGGAUGCCUAAGGGCAGCCUACGUAUUGAUCCCAGCAGAUGGAGUGAGCAGCAGUUUGCAUAGCGAUAGAAAUGUGAGGACGGUGGAUGGCCGACUAUUGACUAUAAGUGCUCUGAUUGCAGCUCAGCACGUGAUGAAUAUGUGUGUGUGCAGCACAGGCACAACUGGAGCUAUAAAUAAUCAAAUCAUACCCGUUUGUUUGCCAGCGAGCAGCAUGAUGCAACAAUCACAUAUGCAACUUCCAGGGGAGUUUAGUGAAGGAGUAGGGCAGGGGCCAAGGAAAAAGCCAGGACAUUUUGGUGCAGAUUCAGCACCUUAUCUUCCUGACUUUCCUCCAUUUAUUACUGAAUAAUGCUUAAAUCUUAAUGACAAAAUGCAGGCAUAAGAAGGUGAGUAUCCACAUCUGUGUGGGUCCACGUUAGCAUUGGUAGGCCAUGGGGGAGGUCUGCGGAAUACUGUACUAUGGGCUGUUUUAGUUUUUUUUCCAGAUAAAAUCUACAACCUUGUGCCCUUGAUUUAUUGUUUUUUUUUCUUCCAGCUGCAGUCAUUUCUUGUGUCAACGCCUCAUUUACGCGCCAUGCUGUUUAGUUGACAAGUAUGCUGCUCUUUCGUUUUGGGUUUAUUCUCGUUUUAAUCGAGGGGAGGUGAAGUGAAGGUUUGAGCUGACAGCUGAGAAAGGAUAAAGAUCAGAUAAAGAUGGCGGCCUCCAUCCAUGCAGGGAGGCUCCUUGAAGGCAAGAGGAUUUAACUGAAUGAAUGUAGUUUGGCACACAAGCAGUCUUUUUCGCUGUAACGCCUCAAUUUGUCCCCCUCCCACCAUUAAAAAUCCAUGGAAUUUGCAAGGUGGAGAAGUGGCACGGACCUCCAGAAUGUUUUAUUUUUACACUUUUAAAGACGGCUGAGCGACUUCAGUGAGGAGAAGGACGUCAAGUCAAUCCCUGCAGAUUAGGCAGUAAAAAUAGAGCAAUACUGUCCUCCUUACCUGGAAUAGCUGCUAGUGAAAUUCACGAGACGUCUGAGUGGAGGCCAAUCCACCGUGCUCGUACAGUGUGUGCAUGUAACACCUGAGUGUGUGUGCGCCGCAAAUUACAAACCACGGAGAGCUUCAGCAAAAAAAAGCACACAAUUCUCAUUCACACACAAAAGAUGUGCUUGUCACCCUGUGUGACAGUGGGUUGCACUUCCCAGGAAAAGAGGUCAGACUCACAGUCAGCAGGCGGUCCUCAUAGCUUGUUUCAACCAAUUAGAAGUUAUUUGUUGUUGUUUUGUCUCUUGCUGCCAUGUGGGCUAUACUUUUUAUCUGCAGCCAGAUGGCUAUCUGCCACGGCUCUCUCACAAAACAAGCACGCCUCAUAAAGCCAAAGCUUUAGCGUGCGCCUCGUUGGAGGAAAUGAUGCGCGGCAAAGUGAGAUUGUGAUAUCUCCGCAUUGGCUAUAGUGUUUUUAUAUUAAAGAAUCCAGGGAUGCACCAAACACUUAAACAAUGCAGUCAUGUCAUGUUUGCUUGGCCACUUUUUGCUAGGCAGGAUUAAUCAGAGGGUGUGUGUGUGUGUGUGUGUGUGUGUGUGUGUGUGUGUGUGUGUGUGUGUGUGUGUGUGUGUGUGUGUGUGUGUGUAUGUAUGUAUGUGUAUAUACAUAUAUGUGUGUGUGUGUAUAAACACUCCUGAUCAAAAUCUUAAGACCAGUUGAAAAAUUGCUAGAAUUUGCAUUUUGCACAUUUGGAUCUUAAUGAGGUUUUAUGUAGAGCUACAACAUGCAAAAACAAGAAGGGGGAGUGAGACAAAAACCAUUUUGAAAAAGUCAAUUUAUUGAAAUAGGCUGUUUAUGAGCUGAUCAAAACACAGGCUAUAAAAGCCAAAAAUCUCCUCCAAAUUUUCAUUUUCUGUGAGGCAUUCACACAGUCAUGCCCUCCUGAUGGCUAAAGCUAAGAAGCUUUCUCAUUUUGAACAUGGUCGGAUUGUCGAGCUGCAUAAACAAGGCCUCUCGCAGCAUGCCAUUGCUGCUGAGGUUGGGAGCAGUAAAUCUGUCAAUCUACUUUUUUUGAAAGAUCCUGAGCAUUGUGGAACAAAAAGGUCAAAUGGUAGACCCAAAAAAAGUCACACCUCGCUGAGCCGGAGGAUCCGAUUGGCUGUCCAUCAAGACACAGGGCGGUUUCCACCCAAGUUAAGGUCCUUACUGGUGCCGACUGCAGCGCAAUAACCAUCAGACGUCAUCUGCGGGAAAAGGAUUUUAAAAAACAAAAAAUGAAUUCAAAGACUUCGUCUCCUUCAACGCCACAAAAGUGCCCCUUUAGUCUUUGCCAGGGAGCAUCAAACAUGGGUCAUUUAAAGGUGGAAAAAAGUUUUAUUCUCUGAUGAGAAAAAAUGGAACCUUGUCGGUCCAGAUGGCUUCCAACGUUACUGGCAUGACAAGGAGAUCCCACCUGAGAUGUUUUCUACCCGGCACAGUGGAGGGGGGUCCAUCAUGAUUUGGGGUGCUUUUUCAUUCAGUGGAACACUGAAGCUUCAGGUGGUGCAGAUGUUUACGUGCAGAUGUUGCAGCGGGCAUCCCUCAUGACUGAGGGCCCUCGUCUGUGUGGUAACAGCUGGGUUUUUCAACAGGACAACGCUGCAGUUCACAAUGCUCGCUUCACCACGGACUUCUUCAGGUAGAAUAACAUCACUCUUUUGGACCAUCCUGCAUGUUCCCCUCAUUUAAAUCCCAUAGAGAACAUUUGGGGAUGGAUGGCAAGGGAAGUUAAAAAUGGCCAUCAGUUCCAGACAGUUGAUGGCCUUGGUGAAACCAUCUUCACCACUCGGAGCAAUGUUCCCCCUAGCCUCCUGGAAACACUCGCAUCAAGCAUGCCCAAACCAAUUUUUGAAGUGAUUAACAAGAACGGUGGAGCUACUCAUUGCUGAGUCCUACUGAGAACAUUUUCUGUUUUGGUUUGGAGAGUUUUUUGUUAUUUUUUGAGCGAUGGUCUUAAACUUGUGAUCA